AUGCAGAACGAUGAUAGGGAUGGCGAACCAGAAUGGUCACACAUAUCUGAUCCUCAAGAACAAAAGAGGGUGCAAAAUCGGGUCUCACAACGUAACUACAGGAGGAGACUCAAAGAUCGCAUCGCAGAGCUCGAAAGAGAAAGAGCGCAGAAUCCGACGUCAAGAUUGGUCCGAGAGGUUCGGCACUCUCUACAUGCAGAUGGGGAGUAUGCCCAGAUAUCCUCAGCCCAGCCUGUCAGAGCCGCGAUCACACAUCAGCCUCAAUCUAUCGUCACACGUCAGGCUCAAUCUAUUGAGCCUGACCAAAUCUCGCCAGCACUGCCAGAUCAUGCUUCCCGGAUCCUACCCCCUCUAGAUUUCGAACUAGAAGAGAGCACGCAGUAUACGUAUCCUUCAGCAGGCUCCACACAAACAAUGUCACUGAACAUGGACACUCACAAUGAGUCGGACAAUAUCGCCGGAUCUUACUUCCCAGAUAUUGCAUACCAAAGACCUAUGCUCUCGGCAUCCGACAGAGACUUCGAAGGUGGAAUCUACAGAUAUGGCGAGGGUGGCGGCAGUCAAGCUUCCGAAGUUCCUCUCGGAUCGACUCAGCCUGUCAUUCCGACAUCCAGAAUACCGGUGAGUAGGCAAGAUGGAGCCGAGCGAAGACGUCCGACAAGCAACAGCUUUGGGCAUUACGCACUCAGUCCUACAACAGACCUUACCGAGAGCAGCAGAACACAAUCAGCGGCAGCCACUCGAAUAAACUUUCCCUCAGGUCACGACUUUGCUUGGUCACCUGCACCGCGUCAGCCGAUUGUAUCCAAAGGCGAGUCCGGCUCUCUUCCUACGCCUCGAGACCCAUUAGAAAAACAAUUCACCCAUAUACUACUCAGUAUCAAAGAAGCUGGAAUCGACAAUUUUGACACAGCGGUACUUCAAUAUUACACCUCUGCUUUCCGCGACGACUCUCUCGCGCAUUGGGCUCGGAAGCGCAGUCGAUUUGAACGCCUAGGACCAGUCCUGAAGGAACUUCACGAGAGAUCCAUGCAUUGGCCUGCGGAAGAGUUGAGACAAUAUCAGGACACUAUUCUGGAAAUUGCAAGCCAGGUUUGUGAUAUGAACACAGGCAUCGACGGUGAUGUGUGUCGAGUGGACACGUCGGUGGCUCAGAUGCUGGAGGACGUAAUCUAGAAUAGUGACUAAGAAAUACUG